AUGGAUAUGAGUAGUAGUCGCGGCAGUAAAAGCAAUGAUGAGGUAGUAUUAAGUGGAAAUUCAGCAGCCUCUCCCAACUCAAAGAGUAGAAGAAAGAAUCAGCAGCAGCAACAACAAGAUCAAUCAAGCGGCGGCGGGAGCAGCAGGUUCCUCGGGGUGAGGAGAAGGCCCUGGGGCAGAUAUGCCGCAGAAAUAAGAGACCCCACCACCAAAGAGAGGCACUGGCUGGGGACAUUUGACACAGCUGAGGAGGCAGCCUUGGCUUACGACAGGGCCGCUCGCUCCAUGCGGGGCUCCAGAGCGCGCACCAACUUCGUCUACUCAGACAUGCCUCCCGGUUCAUCCGUAACCUCCAUUGUGUCCCCCGACGAAUCUGAUUCACUAAUGCAUCACGCACAUGACCAUGACCUGUCCUCCGCGGGACUAGUCCUCUUCUCUAAUUCUCCGCAACAACAUCAGCAUCACCAGCAGCAGUUCUUAUUCUUUGGCGGUCAUCAUGAGACUAGUAACAAUCACUUCACGCCGGCUGGGGACGGAAGGGGACACUACUGGAACAAAUGGAAUCAUCAUGCUACCUGUGGUGGUGUUGCUGCUGCUGCUGCCGGUACAGGUAAUAGUACUAACGUGAUCAUCAACAGCUUGUUCCAACAGGAGGAGGAUCAGAAUACAAAUUCUGCUGCUGCUCCUGGCGAUUCCUACGAUAACAUGAUGAGUAGCUUCUUGUUGUAUGGGAAUAAUAGUGACGAUCGCUCCUCCUCCUCCUCGGGGGCCGGGGCAGAAUUGCCACCAUUGCCGCCUGAUAUUACGUCAAGCUACUUUGGGAGUCCGACCAGCGAGCCACCGCUACUGCUUUCAGACAUGGGCCGCGGGAUUCUGAAUGACAUGAGUUUUCUCGAGCUGUCAGAGCGGCCCAGCCGCCCAAGUUUCAGCAGCACACAAGGAAUAAUGGAGUAUCACGACCUCGUCAAUUCAGGGACGACUGGGACUGCCACUGCAGCAGCUGCUGCUUCUGCAGGCAGCUGCGACUUCGUGCAUCCUUCCUCCUCGGAUAGUUUUGGGGCUGAUCAUGCCAAUAUUCUCGAUGAUCAUCAUCAUCACCUUUCCUGCUCCUCUACCAACAACACUAUUAAUUUCUCCAGCUUUGGAUGGUUUUGA